AGACUAAUUGUAUGGUUCAACCUUUCGGAACAUAAGCACCAAAAUUAACCGAAACGAAAAUUCAAACCCAGUCGGAUUCAUCCGCUUCCAGCCAGGACCCUACACCGGAGAAAAUAGCAAAGGACACGGGACACAGAAUGGAGCUGUGGCAGAAGCUGAGAGUGCAGCUUAACGACUUCUUCCACGUGAACUACCCCUACAUAGCGCUCUAUAGCGGACUGGGCGUGGCAGUAACAGCCUACUUGCACUACCAGUGGAGCGUGCACCACUACGACCUGAUGUACUGGAAGCGAUUGGCGGAGGCCUUCUCGCAGGACAUCGACUGCUUUCAGCUGGCCAUACUGGUGUUGAUCUUCGCGAUCAACGCCGUGUUUGUGUUCGUCAUCCUGAGUGUCUAUCUGCGCCCGGCCCUCGACAAUGGCGGCGAGAUGUCCCUGCUGGAGAUUAAGGAUCGGUAUGCCCGGUUCAUCCUGCUGCGCCUGAUUGCCCGCCUCGAUCGCAUACAGUCGAAGAUCUCAGCGAAGCGGAAGAGCCUCACCUUCCAGCACUAUGUCAGGGCACACACGAACAUGGUCAAGGCGGUGGCCGUGUUCCGCAAGGAUGCCCGCAAGCUAAUCCUGCCCAACGAGAGCGAGAUCCUGAUGCCCAUCGAGGAAAUCUACGGGGUGGCCGAAGACGAAGAACGACUUCUUCGGCGAUCGGGCUACUACAAGCUGAUCAUCGACACCACCGACGCGACGGUGAAGGCUCUUUUCAACGCCAAGUUGGAGGAGAUCCUGUUCCCAAGCAGCUAGCUGACUCGCCGGAGCUCCGAGGACUCCUUCUUAAAGCCGUUUUAUUGUUUCAAUUGUUUGGCUUGCCAGCUUUUUAUGGCCGCAUUGUGCUCCGAGCCAACAAUAACAGGCCAGUCGGAGACUGUCAGCCGUCCCCAACCCCCAAUAACAAUAAUGGCAAAAGAAACAGCAGCAGGAACAGCAACAGAAGCAGAAGCAGAAGCAGUUGCAGAACCAGACCAGAACUAGAAACAAAACUCCAACCAGGAACAGGGACUAAACUAAAAUGCCAGCCCAUGUCUGCACAGCUCAAAACAAUAUCUAAUGUUGUCUACUGCAAAAUAUUUUGCAAGCGUCUUUUUGUUUUCAACGAUUUUUGUGUCCUUCGGCCCUUUGUGCGUCUACUUUUCUUUAAAAUUAGCUAAAAGGUUGUGUAAAUUUAAGUCAAAGUAGGAUAGCAGUGAAAGAAAAGUGUUGUCGAUGGUGUGGGGAUAAGGGAUUCUUGGAAUGCAUCUUGGAUACGAAAAAGAAAAAGGACAGUUACG